GUUUCCUGUGUGCAUGUGUUACAGUUACAAUGUGUUUACCUAACGUGAGGGAUAUGUCAGUGGAUAAAGUUUGACAGAUUUGUUAAGUCCAUCAACAUUUAUAGAUUUUGGACAUGAAGCAUCAGACAUCAUUUACGUAAAAAUACCCUGGAAGGACACAGUAUGCGUUUUGGUGUAACAUUUAGCAUCUUACGAGCGUAUGCCGGCUCCUGCAAGAAUGGAGGUCAAACGUACAGGUGGAGAUGGCAAGGGAAAAGAAGCUAUCGGUCGUUACCAGAUGAUGUCAAAUCGCCACGACAGGUGGUCAGUCCGGACAUAUCAAAAAUCAGAAACAUUGGGAUCAUGGCGCACAUCGACGCGGGGAAAACUACCACCACGGAGAGGAUGCUGUUCUACUCCGGCUACACCCGAGCGCUGGGAGAUGUGGAUGAUGGGGACACAGUGACAGACUACAUGGCACAGGAGAGAGAGAGAGGCAUCACCAUCCAAUCAGCAGCCGUCACAUUUGACUGGAAGCAGCACAGGAUCAACCUCAUAGACACACCAGGGCACGUUGACUUCACUUUGGAGGUGGAGAGAGCGCUGAGGGUGCUGGAUGGGGCUGUGGCCGUGUUUGAUGUUUCAGCAGGAGUGGAGGCCCAAACCAUGACUGUUUGGCGGCAGGCAGAGAAACAUGAAGUGCCUUGCAUGUGCUUUUUGAACAAGAUGGAUAAGCCUGGAGCCAGUCUGAGCCUCUCCCUCCAAAGUAUGAAGGACAAACUGAAAGCCAACCCAGUCCUGCUGCAGAUUCCCAUUGGUAGUGGGAAAAGCUUCAGUGGAUUGGUGGACCUGAUCACCAAGCAGCGAAUGGCGUGGCGGAUGAGAGGGCGGGAGGAUGACGGGCGUGUGUUUGAGGUGAAGGACCUGGGGCCCGCGGAUGACCCGGAGCUCCUCCAGCAGGCCAGUGAGGCCAGAGGGGCCCUCAUAGACCAGGUGGCAGAUCUAGAUGAUGAGUUUGCUGAGCUGCUGUUGGGGGAGUUCAGUGAGGACUUUGAUGCUGUUCCUCCAGGGAAGCUUCAGCAGGCAGUGCGGCGUGUCACACUGGCACGAAAAGGUGUUCCCGUCCUGGUGGGCAGUGCCCUGCGCAACAAAGGUGUCCAGCCACUCCUGGAUGCCAUCACUCUCUACCUGCCGGCCCCCAAUGAGAGGCACCACGACCUGGUGCGCUGGUAUAAGGAUGACCUGUGUGCGUUGGCUUUUAAAGUCGUCCAUGACAAACAGAGAGGGCCGCUGGUGUUCCUGCGGAUUUACUCCGGUUCCAUGAAGCCCCAGUCCUCGGUCCAUAACAUCAACAGGAACGGAACGGAGAGGAUGAGUCGUCUGCUGCUGCCGUUUGCUGAUCAGCAUGUGGAGAUUCCUUCUCUUAGUGCAGGAAACAUCGCCCUCACUGUCGGACUCAAACAGACGGUCACAGGCGACACCAUCGUGUCCUCCAGGGCAUCUGCGGUGGCAGCAGCCAGGCGUGCCCAGGAGGAUGUCCAGGAGAGGAGCACCUCAGCUGGGGGAGAGGGAGGCAAGGAGGCCCCGGGACUGGUCCUGGCCGGGGUGGAGGUGCCUGAACCCGUCUUCUUCUGCUCCAUAGAGCCUCCAUCUAUGGCCAAACAGGCCGACUUGGAGCAUGCCCUCACUUGCCUGCAGAGGGAGGACCCCAGUCUGAAGGUCCGCAUAGACCCAGACUCUGGACAGACCGUUCUGUGUGGUAUGGGUGAGCUGCACAUUGAGGUCAUCCAUGACCGCAUCAGGAGAGAGUACGGCAUUGAGACGCACCUGGGCCCCCUACAGGUGGCCUACCGAGAGACCAUCCUCCAAUCAGCAUCCACCACAGACACUCUGGACCGGACUGUGGGGGAGCGGAGACACGUGGCCACUGUCAGUCUGUCUGUCCAUCCCAGUGACGACCCAUCAUCCUCUUCUUCCUGUGACGUGUCCUUGGAGGAGGAAGUGGAGCAGCAGCUUCCUGCUGAGCUGCGGGAGGCGGUGGAGAAUGGUGUGCAGAGCUCUUAUCUCCAAGGGCCGUUGCUUGGAUACCCGAUGCAGGGCGUGAGUGCCACCAUCCAGAGUGUGGGCAUCGAGCCGGGCACCUCACCAGCCAUGGUGGCAGCUUGUGUGUCGCGCUGCAUGCUCAAGGCGCUAAAGCAGGCUGGUGGGCAGGUCCUGGAGCCGGUGAUGUCACUUGAGGUGACAGUGGAGGAGGAGCUUCUAGGCCCUGUGCUUGGAGACAUCGCCCAGCGGCGGGGCGCUGUCCAAGAUAUCCGGAGUCGCCACGACAACAAGGUGCUGCUGGCCACUGUCCCACUGGCCAAGAUGAUGGGCUACUCUACAGUCCUGCGAACUUUGACCUCCGGGAACGCCACCUUCUCUCUGCAGCUGUCCAGCUAUGAGGCCAUGAACCCGCAGGACCAGACUGCUCUGCUCAACAAGAUGGCAGGCCUGGCAUGAAGGCCUUUCCCUCUGCAUGCCAAUACAGUUGAGGAAAAUGAGGCUUUAAACCAGGCACUUGAAACCUAAGGCCUGGCAACUCAACAGGAACUAAUGUUGCCGCCGUAUGCAGUUCCUCAGUGAAGCAGUGGUUUACCAUGGGAGGACUUCAUCUCAAAACUCAGAAAAGACUGUUAUGCAAAAAAAGUGGGAGGUGAGCGUGUCAUUGACAUAAGGACGUUACUGGGUAUUUAAAAUGUGUAUGUCAAUAAAUGUAUGUAUGUAUAUGUGAGAUUUCUCAUUGAA